CUGCCCAACUCCAGCGCUCGCCGCAUCCUACAUCUCAUGAAGACCUUGUGCGGUCGCAUGUCGGGCACUCUCUGGUUCCGCCGUGGCCCUUCAGCGACGUGGCUCCAGUCCUACUGCUAUAUUCAGGAAGACACGGGCAGUCUGCUGUGUGAGGCCGACGUCAACAAUUCGCAAAACCGUACUCUUAUACCUGACCUGCGUGGCUGUCAAGUACGUACUGCCAUGGACGAGGAUACUCAGAUGCCCUAUCUUGACAUCUCAGUACCAAACUCGACUCUACAGCUGCACGUUCGUCUGAAAGAUCGCAAAGACUUUGACUCAUGGUUCGCUGCUCUCCUCUGCUGGCAGCCGAUCCGUCCUAGAGGCAUCCACAACAAGAUGACGAAACCUCAGACUCCUGUUGUCCAAGGCAUCACCUUGACCGAUAGCAGGCGCAACUCGGAAAUGUCCUUGACAUUGAAAGAAGCUCCGAUCAUCAAAGUUGGUCCCAUGAUUUACUGGGACAGCAAUAUUUCAUAUACCAACGCUGGUACACCAAGGUCACUCAAGCCUUCCCCUUCGCGUUUCCAAAGCUACGGUUCGCAUUGGUGGAGACGCGUAUCCUGCACACUACGUGAGAACGGCGAGCUCAAACUCUACGCAGAAUCUGGCUCGACUCUUCUCUCUGUCGUUCAACUAUCUCAACUCUCCCGCAGCGCUGUGCAACGAUUGGAUCCCUCUGUUUUGGACAACGACUUCUGCAUAGCCAUCUAUCCUCAGUACACAUCUGGCGCUACUGUUACAACUGCCAUCCGACCCAUUUAUCUCUCCAUGGAAACCCGUGUUCUCUACGAAGUCUGGUUUGUCUUGCUGAGAGCUUUUACGAUACCACAACUUUACGGCCCCAAACCUAAUGGACACUCUGACGAAUCUGCCUUUGUCCCCGACACUCCUUCAUCAUCUGCCUUUGAUAACAUGAUGGCUAACGAAAAAAUUGAAAUGUUCCGCAUGGAGCGCGCUCUGUCUAUUCGCAUAAUUGAAGCCAAGCUACCUCAUGCUCCUUUGAGCUCACUGGCUGAAUUUAAUCAUCACCAUUCCAACCGUCAUAACAACAACAACAAUGCUGCCAACAAGCCAGAACUCUCGGACGGAUACUAUGUUGAGAUCCAUCUCGACGGUGAAACCCGAGGCAAGACACAAAUUAAACAUGAGUCAAUGGCGCCCUUUUGGCGCGAGGAGUUCGAUUACUUAGAUCUGCCUGCCGUCCUCACCUCGGCUUCUGUCUUGUUGAAACGUCGCCCGCCCGAUCUUUCGAGCCCUCGUGAGCAACACGAGCUCCGCCUUGUACACGAAGCGUAUGGUCUACUCGACCCAUCACAAAAAACUGGUGGCUCUGCUGGAUUCAUGCCCGUACAAAACGACCAGACACUCGGCAAAGUUGAGAUCUUCCUCGAGGAGCUGGAAGCGAGCAAAGAAGUCGAAAAGUGGUGGCCAGUCAUGAACCAACACGGUGAGAACGUGGGCGAGAUCUUGAUUAAGGCGCGCGCCGAGGAGAAUGUCAUUCUUAUGGCGAAGGACUAUAAGCCCUUGAACGAUUUGUUGCACAACUUCUCAAACGAGCUCACAUUGCAAGUUGCUCAGAUGAUCCCCACAGAGCUGAGGCGGCUGUCGGAUCUACUACUCAACAUCUUCCAAGUAUCUGGUCAGGUCACCGAAUGGAUCAUGGCUCUGGUCGAGGAAGAGAUCGACGGUGUACACAAGGAAACUCCUGUCUCUCGUAUGAGAUACAACCGUCGCGUCGCGAACAGCAACAAUGAGACUGACCUCAAUGUCACUGCUGCAAGCGAACGCGAACUGAUGGUCAGAGAUAUGAACAAGAACGCAACACUGGAAGCAAACUUGCUCUUCCGUGGUAACACAUUACUCACAAAAUCUUUGGACUCCCACAUGCGCAGAGUCGGCAAAGAAUACCUCCUGGAGUGCCUUGGGCCCAUCAUCAGAGAUAUCAACGAGAAAGAUCCGGAUUGCGAAGUCGACCCCAACCGAGUAACCAACCAGCACGAUCUGAAGAAGAACUGGGACAGACUAAUAAACUGUACCAAGUCAGUUUGGAAUGUGAUCAAAGUUAGUGCCAGAAACGCACCUUCAGAACUGAGAGUCAUCUUCAGACACAUCAGAGCUUGUGCCGAGGACAGAUAUGGUGACUUCCUGAGAAGUGUCAGCUACAGCAGUGUUUCCGGUUUCCUGUUCUUGCGCUUCUUCUGUCCAGCAGUCCUGAAUCCUAAGCUGUUCGGUCUUCUCAAAGACGACCCCAAACCUCGCGCUCGACGAACGUUUACUUUGAUCGCAAAGUCACUGCAGGGCCUUGCCAACAUGGCAUCAUUUGGAAGCAAGGAACAUUGGAUGGAGCCAAUGAACGUUUUCUUGACAGAUCAUCGUGAGGCUUUUAAGACAUUCAUCAACGAUAUCUGUUCGAUCUCUGCUCCUGAUGGUAUGAUCGGCCAAAAGCCUCCGUCCUACUCAACGCCGCUGGCUAUUCAAUCACGACUUCCUAUGACAAGUAGGGAAGGCUUUCCCAGUCUACCAUAUCUCAUCGACCAGUCUCGCGAGAUCGCAAGCUUAGUUGAGCUCUGGCUCCAUGGCACAACGAAUGGCAGUGAAGCAGAGCUACUAGCCGCGCAGAUUGGAAAAGAGGAUGGUGAUUUGUUAACCUUCCACAGGCUUUGCAGAACUCUCGAUGCCCAGACCAAGGAGUGCUUGUCUCGUGCCGAACGCGCCGAACGUCCAAACUCUGCUCUCAGCUUCCGUUGGGAGGAGCUCAUCGACCAGCUACAGAACACAUCGCUC